AUGGCGGGCGGACUGCUUGGCUGGAGCCGGGCGGCUCUCCUCCAGCUUCUUCUCGGCGUGAACCUGAUGGUGAUGCCCGCCAUCCAGGCCCGGACUCUGCGCUUCGUUACCUUGCUGUACCGACAUGGAGACCGGACACCAGUGAAGACAUUUCCCAAAGACCCCCAUCAGGAAGACGAAUGGCCUCAAGGGUUUGGUCAGCUCACCAAGGAGGGGAUGCUACAGCACUGGGAGCUGGGCCAGGCCCUGCGGCAGCGCUACCGUGGCUUUCUCAACACUUCUUACCACCCUCAAGAGGUUUAUGUGCGAAGCACUGACUUUGACCGUACUCUCAUGAGUGCUGAGGCCAACCUGGCUGGACUUUUCCCUCCCAAUGGGAUGCAGGUUUUCAAUCCAAACAUCUCUUGGCAGCCUAUUCCCGUCCACACUGUGCCCAUUGCUGAGGACAGGCUGCUGAAGUUCCCAUUGGGCCCGUGUCCCCGUUAUGAGCAGCUGCAGAACGAGACCCGGCGGACACCAGAGUAUCAGAAUGAGAGUAUUCAGAAUGCACAAUUUCUGGAUAUGGUGGCCAACGAGACAGGGCUUACGGACUUGACACUGGAGACCAUCUGGAAUGUCUAUGACACACUCUUCUGUGAGAAAACACAUGGGCUGGUCCUGCCGCCCUGGGCCUCACCCCCAACCAUGCAGCGUCUGAGCCGGCUAAAGGACUUCAGCUUCCGCUUCCUCUUCGGGAUCUACGAGCAGGCAGAGAAGGCCCGGCUUCAGGGGGGAGUCCUGCUGGCUCAGAUACGGAAGAACCUGACACUGAUGGCCACGUCCUCCUCCCACCUCCCUAAGCUGCUGGUUUACUCCGCGCAUGAUACCACCCUGGUUGCUCUGCAAAUGGCAUUGUUUGUCUACAAUGGUGAACAAGCCCCCUAUGCCUCCUGCCAUAUAUUUGAACUGUACCAGGAAGACAAUGGGAAUUUCUCAGUGGAGAUGUACUUUCGGAAUGAGAGUAACAAGGCGCCCUGGCCACUGAGCCUGCCUGGCUGCCCUCACCGCUGUCCACUGCAGGACUUCCUGCGUCUCACAGAGCCUGUUGUGCCCAAGGACUGGCAGCAGGAGUGCCAGCUGGCAGCUGGUCCUGCAGACACAGAGGUGAUCGUGGCCUUGGCUGUAUGUGGCUCCAUCCUUUUUCUUCUCAUAGUGCUGCUCCUCACCGUCCUCUUCCGGAUGCAGGCCCAGCCUCCCGGCUACCGCCACGUUGCAGACGUGGAGGAUCAUGCCUGA